UUAUGGCUCGGCAAUUGUGCUCAAAGGCAAGCGUUUUCACCGACCGUCUGCAGCUCAAGCCACAAAGCCUCCCAUCGGAAACUCCCCUAUUUUCGACCUGUCACAAUUCACAAGCCGCGCAUGUGACUGUCAAUUAAUGAGAGAUUAUAUCAGCCUCCGAAAUCCUUCCUCUUUUAUUUGCCGUUCCUCGCACAGAUCUCAUGACCACGUCUUUCGCAAGCAGGCGCUGUGCAUUUCGUGUGUGUUUGUUGUAAUGGGCCAGGCAACACGCCGGAGCUGAGAUGAUAUAAAACUGCAGUGGAAGAGGGGGGACGGGAAACCUGAUAAAUACAAAACGUGAAAACUGCGCACCCGUGAGAAGUCUCAAAGACAAGCAGGGAUGGCAUCUCUGAGCCUGGGGCUGAAUUUAUCCCGAAAGAAGGGGGCAGCAAGGACCGGUGCCGUGGAGAGAAAGAACCUGGUCACAGUCUGCAGGUUCUCUGUGAAGACUCUCAUAGACCGGUCCUGCUUCGAAACCAUAGAUGACUCCUCUCCUGAGUUCAUCAAUUUUGUCUCAAUACUAGAGCAAAUACUGAGCCAUCGUCUGAAAGGGCAGAUCACCUGGUUUGGCUACGAGAGCCCACGGAGCUUCUGGGACUUCAUCCGAGUGGCCUGCAGCAAGGUGCCACACAGCUGCAUCAGCAGCAUCGAGAACAUGGAGAACGUCCGCACGUCCCGCGCCAAGGGUCGGGCAUGGAUCAGGGUUGCUCUGAUGGAGAAGCGUCUGUCUGAGUACAUCUCAGCCGCGCUGCGGGACUUCAAAACAACCAGGCGGUUCUACGAGGAUGGAGCGAUCGUACUGGGGGAGGAGGCGGGGCUUUUGGCAGACAUGCUCAUUGGCCUCAAUGCCAUUGACUUCAGCUUCUGCCUAAAGGGGGAGGGGCUGGAUGGCAGCUGUCCCGCGGUCAUCGACUACACCCCCUACCUGAAGUUCACGCAGAGCUCGGACAGCAUCAGCAGUGAUGAGGAGGAGAUGAGGACUCUGGGUAGCAGCGGCAGCGAGAGCAGCACCCCGGAGAACAUUGGCCCCGCCCUCUUCAUGGACCAGAGCAGCUGGUUCAACAAGUGCAAGAGGGUAGAGCAGAAAUACAGGAUGGUUCUGGAGCAGAAGGGUUACCUGGAGGAGCUGGUGCGUCUGCGGGAGGCCCAGCUUGCCGAGUCAGUCUCCCAGAACAAGGUGCUCCUGCAGCGACUGUCAGAGACAGACCUCAGCCACAAACUGGAGAAGGAGCAGCUGGAGUACAUUGUGCUGGAGCUGCAGGAUCAGCUGACGGUGCUGAAGAACCAUGACCUGAGAUCCAGGCAGGAGUUAACCGCCCACCUCACCAAUCAGUGGCCUUCUCCCGGUGCUCUCGACGCCAACGCCGUUGCCCUGGAUACGCUGCUGUACAGGAGACGCACAGGCCAAUGGGAGGAGAAGAGCUUCCACAGUUUGGACCAGCUCUCGGCGGACAUCAACCUGUCCCAGACGUCCCUGGACCCGGCGCAAUCACAGGAGCUGGAGGGCAAAGCAGAGCGCCCCCGCUGGCACAGCGAAGGGAAAGAGGACACCCCUUCUUUAAGAGGCCUCUGUGGGUCCCUGACAUCAGUGGCCAGCUACAAGUCCUUGGCUAGUCUCAAGUCCAGUGAAUGUCUAGCAAGCCCAACUACAGAGAUGACGAGCCCCGGACUCACUCCUUCCUGAACUUGGCAGAGGGUCAGGCCAAUCCCACGCUGACGACAUCCUGUCACCCUAUCUGUCAGACCGUCCCCCCGCCUUUCCAAGAAACAAAAAAACAUCCCUACCACAUCAGCUUUGAAGAGACUGGACUUACAAGUUUAGACUUGAAAUGUUGUUGAGCUUUUUUUGUUUUUCUUUUAAACCGAGGUCAGUGUCAUUUUGACUGCCUUUUUUUUUGUUUUGCACUCGCUGAGUCUUACUGAGCUACGCGGGGUCUCCGUUCCGGCUGUUUGAUGUCCGCGGCAGGCUUCAAAGGACAUUCUCUCUCCCAUCGAGCUUUAGAAAGGGGAGGCACAUGACAAAGCACAGCCAACACUUCCUGGAACUUAUCUCAGCUCACCCAUUUUGCCGCACAGGCUAAAAAGGCUUAAAUUUUGCCGGUGGCAAAGCGGUCAAAGCUUUCGCGAUAUCAGCCUGGUUGUUCUGCACAAGUGCUUAUCCACACACAUUAUAAUUAGGUUUUGAUGGUUUUGUUUUCUUUGUCCCUGAGCUAUGACAGAAAUGAGCACUUUCAAGUAGAGACAACAGAGCAAAUAUAAUCUCUGUUGGGGGGAGAAAAAAAAUUAAAAAUGAUCUUAUUUUCCACCUUGAGGCAAAUCAUCUGAUCAGUUGGGUGAAAUCCUGAAAUUCAUUAGAUGUGGGAGUAGCUCGCCUUGUUUGGCAUUUGUCCCCACACUCCCCCAUGCUCCUCCACUCACACGGAAGACAAAUGUCUGUAAAUAGUGAGUGCAGUACUGGUGUAGGCACCUUCUGCCAUUAGUAACUGAUCCUGGAUCAGAAUCACAUUUGUCCACUAAAUGGCUGGUGUUAGGACUGUGGGUUGGCAAGCUGAUCUUUGAUCUUUUAAGUGCAGAAAGUGCCCAGUGCAUGUGUGCUCUGUGCCUUCACCUCUCCUACUACAGUACUCUGCAGUAAGUUACCCUGGCAGUGCAUUAUUAAAAGGCAGCCCAGUCCACACACUACUUGAAUGUACUUGUUUACAGACAGUGUUGACGGCUUUUAACUCGACAAACACCUUUCAGGCCUUUCUCCGAUGCGUACAACUGAAGUUUUAGUGGAACGAGACCCCCUACAGUAAUGGUGGCUGGUAACUACACAAUUUCCAAACACCAGUUUUGAAGGGACGUUUUCCUUUCAAAGCUAUGAGAACGUUGAAAUAGCCGCUGGCAGACAGUGAAAUUACUGAUGAGUGAUUCUCAAAAAUGUUACUUUUACCACCUUCCUUCAGUUUUCCAAUGGCCCCUGGGAGCUGGCUUCAUUCGUACAGUGACUGACUUAUCCCGUUCUUAGUAAUAAAUGUAAAAAGCUACCCACAAAACGCUGUUCUGCCAGCCCCGCUCCCGAUGCUGUUCGCACGCUCAGCGGUAUCAUGGGAAAUCAAUUGUUCAGUUUCACUCGCUGAUUUCAUUAAAAUGAUAAAAGUUUGCAUUCAGCAUGGAUGGCCGGUUUCUGUCUUUUGGAGAGAUCAGCUCUGAAUCACUUGAGUGAGCUGCUUAUGUGAAUCAGAAUAGCAUGGAGCAGAGUAGCAAGUGAGCUGCUGAUUGAAAAACCUGUAUAUAAAAAACUGGCUGAGACUCAAGCUUUUGCAGACUGAGGUUGGAAAAAUCAUAACAUUAUAUAGGAAAUGAUCAAGGGAUAUAAGUCAAUGAUUCAGAAGUGAAUAAUUAUUAUUAUCGAUCAGGAUGCAGCCAUUAAUGGAUAAAUUACAUAGAUCUGCUAACCAAAGCUCUAAUUAGCAAUGACCUGCUUUAAAUAAAUGAAAUAUUUUCAAACCUUCUGAUUUAUUUAUUUGUCUAUAUAAUUUCUUAUUGAAAAGAAACAUCAUGAACAUUGAUAUAAUACUGAAUUAUAAUUAUUAACUGAACCAGCUGUCAAUGAUUGAUAUCAUGUUUUACUAGUGUGCAUUAAAAUUUACAGUGUUUGAUAAUCAGUAUAAGAUUAAUGAAGAUAAUAUAUUUGAUCUAUGAGUUGUGUGACUGUAGCUCUUAAAGCUGGCUUAGGUCGGCUUACAAGUCUACAAGUGGGCCUACAUCACACAGACAGGAAAAUAAUGCACCAUAUUGGCAAAACCCAAACAUGGAAGGUAUGUGCAACCAUGUGUAUUAUACUUGACUUGGCUGUGCAACAUUAUGACUUAUUCUAGUAUUAUACAUACUGUUGGCCAAUCAGCAGGGAGCUGUUGCUAUAUCAUUUAAAAAACCGAGUUAUUAGUAUAUUCAAGAACUAAUGCCAAAAUGAAUUAUUCCCCCUCAAUUCGGUUUAUAGCGCUGAUAAUCAAACAUUAAAUAAAGUGCAAAAUGAAUGCAGUCAUUUGUCAAAAAGACAAAGAAAGCUUGGGGAUCCUGGUUUAUUACGCUUUUUUACCUAACUGUUGAUGUUGCACCGGCGCCUGCAAAUAGGUCAGGUUUUUUGUGAAUGCCUUUGUGGCAGAAAGGCAAAACAAGACUUGUUACCUUGCUGUGCCAUAUGGGUUGGUAAUCCACCGAUUUCAACCAGUUCGUUUUAAUCUGUUUCGUGUAGUGUGCAGUGCCUGUUUGGCAUUCUUAGCUUGGCAGUUUAACAGUCAGUACUUACCUCUAUAAUCUUUAUCGCUGACAACCAAUGGCGUUGC